UGGCGGCGGGGUGACCGUGCAAAGGCACUGGGACACACCCAUUCAGAUCCGCCUUUUUACGUAUCGCAGCCUCAAUUCACUCCACUAGUUCGAUGCAGCCUUUCGUCGUCGUCAAAAUGGAGAAGUUUGGCAGCGAUGGUGGAGCGGGAAAAUUUUUGCCGCCGGAAAGUCCGCCGGGGUGACAGAGCUGGCGAAAAGACGCCCAAAAUGACGGAUCGGGUCAGACCGACACCGCGGAGCUGAAAAUACCCGUGCUGACGCGCGCCAAGAUCAAAGAGUUGAACCUGGACAACUGCCGGAGUAUGAUGAUCGAAGGUUUGACGGACGAGUUCACCAACUUGGAAGCACUGUCACUCAUCAACGUGGGCCUGACCAGUCUGAAGGGGUUCCCCAAAUUACCUAGCCUCAAAAAGCUGGAGUUGAGUGACAACAGGAUACAGGGCGGCUUGAAUCUUCUGUCUGGCUCGGGCAAACUCACACAUCUCAACCUUAGCGGAAACAAAAUCAAGGACUUGGAAACAUUAGAACCAUUGAAAGAUUUCCAGACCCUGAAGAACCUGGACUUGUUCAACUGUGAGGUCACGCAGAUCGAAAACUACAGGGAGAACGUCUUCAACCUCAUCCCCAGCCUCAAGUACUUGGACGGCUACGACAGAGCGGACAAGGAGGCGGAUGACUCCAGUGUAGAGGAUGAGGAUGAAGAUGACGAGGAUGAAGAUGAGGAUGGAGAGAAUGAUGACCUCGAUGGUGAGGAUGCGAGUGAGGGAGUCCUGGGGGAGGAAGAUGAGGAUUCAGACGAGGAUGAUGAUGAUGAAGAGGAAGAUGCCAUUUCCAUCACGGAUGAUGACGAAGAUGAAGAUGAUGACGAUGAUGAUGAUGAUGAGGGGGAUGAGGAUGAUGAUGAAGAUGAUGAUGGCGAGGUGGAGGGAGAAGAGGAUGAUGAGGGAGAGAGUGGAUCGGAGGUGGGGCUCGAAUACCUCUACAACAAGGACAUAGACUGGGGGCCGGGAGUUCUGCAACUUCUGCAAAUGCAGCAAAAGGAUGAAGAAGAAGAGGAAGACUUCGAGCCGGGGGAUGAUGAUGACGAGGAGGAGGAUGAAGACGAGGAUGAUGAUGAGGAGGAAGGUGAGCAGCAGCGAGGCGAGAAGCGGAAACGCGACGAUGCGGACUUGGGGGACGAAGAUGAAGAUGACUAGUGCUACACAGAGACUUAGUUUUAUACUGUAUAGACGAGAUAGCGGGGGGUAGAUACUUCUAGAGACAAGGUAUGAGUUGAUUGUGGUCGGUCGAUAACUCCUCUUGGCUCUUAUCUACAAUGUUUGGAAGGGACCAUAGAUACAGUGUAAGUAACUGUUACUACCUGUUCAAAACAACCGGCUUCAGAGAUCAAGCUCAAGAUGAGUUGUUGGUUGCCAUCAAUAAACUUGGUUCAAGGGGUUGGGGGAGAAAUUGAUUUGUUGGUUAGCUGAGGCCUCAAUUGACGUCAGCUAUAGGAUACCGCUAGGUCCCAUUUCUCCAGUUUUGUAUGUACAUACAUAUCUUGAAUAGCUUACUAUUAAUGUUGGUCAUUUCACUGGUUUGAUAAAUGUGAGUUUGCAGUUAGCAAAAGAGUCCGCUUGUUCAAUUUGCCGCUGAGGUAUUUGUUCCAUUCCUUCUGCUGUGCAUGCGAUCUUCAGAAAAUGAAGACGACCAUGGUGCGAUCACCCCACUUCUCCCCCCGCAUCCCUGCCGCUCAAAGAUGCUUGCGGGUUCCAGACGGGUGUAUAAAGUUCUGUACAAAAUGUUGAGGAUCCAAUGAAAGCCAAUUGGUGAUUUUAAGGUGCAGAAAAAAAUGUAUAUUUUUAUUGUCUGUAGACGUAGCGUAGACUUCUGGGGGUAAAAAAAAUUUAAAGGCAGAGAUGUGGUAAGAGAAGAGGGUGACCGCAUCGCUAAAACUUGCUCUUACAGUUUGAGGGUGACAACAACGUAACCUGCCUAGUCAGUGUAAAGAAGGAACGGCCCCGGCAUUUCUUGCCCCCCUCCCCAUGUCGGUAUCUCCUAGCAGAUUUGUGUAUGCGUUUGCAGUUUUUCUACUUCAAUUUGUAAAGGCUUUGCACCCCAUUCCAUCUAGUGAUAGGACAACUGCUAGCUCACUACCAAAGCUUGAAGGAAAGAAUUAGUGCUGGGCAAUUAAGGAACAGUCUGCGUGGACUGUCUCCUUACAAAGUUGUAAAAUAGAGAGGAGAUGCCCAGAUAUACAUUCGUACCAAAUAGUUGUGCUUUUCUCCCUCCUGUUGUAGCUUUUGAUUAGACUUACUAAGCUUGGCAUAGAUUUUGUAGACAGGAAUACGAGUCCUAUGUUCAUUGAUUUGGAGCAUAUGUAGUCUCCGUGAUGAUUGACACAGGCAGACAUGAAUAAAAUUAAAAAUGCCAAGUCAACUGUU